AUGCAGCUUACUUCUGCUCUUUUUCUGAGUGGUGCAAAAACUUUUCAAGCGCUGAUAUCCUUCUGGAUGAAAGAGCGAGAGAUGACAGCAUUACACUGGGCAGCUUUCAACGGUUACUUCGAUGUGGUAAAGUAUCUAGUCGAGGCCGGUGCAAACGUUGAUGCAAAAAAUAGUAAGGGGGAGACACCACUGGAUAUUGCAAGAAAGAAGGCCCAUACCAAUAUUAUUGAACUCUUUGAAGAGAAGCGAAAGGCUGGUCAUUAA